AUGUAGCUUAAAAUCCCAUAAUAUAAGAUUCUUUAAAAAAUAGGAUGUGGAUCUGAACAUCAAGUUUAUAAAGCUGAAUAAACAAAUGAUUCAGAAAUAUAUGCCAUAAAAAUAGAAAAAUCUGCCUAAAUAGGUUAAUUAUAGAAUGAAAACUUAAUCCUAGAGAAAUUAAAUGGUAUUUAAGGCAUUCCAGAAAUAAAACAAUUUGGAUUAACUGCAUAGUAAAAGUAUAUUUUAUAAUAAACAAACAAGAUGUUUUAUUAUUCUACCAUUAUUUCAUUGUAAUUUACUUGAUUUAGUUAAAUCUAAACCAUUAUCUUUCUCUUAUUUAUUAAUAAUCGGAUUAAAAGUCAUUGAAAUAUUAGAAAAAGUUCAUAAAAAAAAUAUCUUGCAUCUUGAUAUUAAACCUGAAAAUAUUAUGCUGUCUAAGUAAAUAUAAAAAGAAUCAGACAUUUUAUAACCUGGAUUGAUUUAAUUAAUUGAUUUUGGUUUAUCAUAGUAAUUUAAUGGAAAUUCAGAAUCAUUAUAAGAUGUGUUUAUCGGUUCUUUAAAUUUUGCAAGCAGAUCUUCACAUGAUGGUUCACCACUUGGAUACAAAGAUGAUUUAGAAAGUUUAAUAUAUGUAUUAUAUUACUUAAAAGAUUGUAAUUAAUUUAUUUUAUAAUUAAGUGAGAUUGCCUUGGUCUGAAAUUUAGUUGUGGGGAUUAAAAGAUGAGGACACAGAGUUUAUUAAAAAAUCCAAAUUUUCUUUUGUUAAAACAAUUAUUUAUGAAUACAAAUCUCCUUUAAAUUUUUCUCGAUUAAUGUCUUACAUUGACUCAUUAAAAUAUGAUAUCAUGCCAAACUAUGUUUAUAUCAAAGAUUUAUUUAUGUAAAUGAUUACAGCAUCUAAUGGUUUAUUUUCUUUGAAUUAAUUAAAAUAAUAGCUAUCAUAUAGUAUUCCAACUUAGAGUUAAUUUGGAGACUCAGAAAUAUUAAGAUUAUCAAAAUAUGAUAUAUUUGAUGAUAUCGUUACUGAUGAUAAUAGCGAAGAAAAUAUUAAUCUAAUCCCUAAUUUAAUUCUCAAAUAUUAGACAAAAUAAAUUAAAUCAAUAAAAAACAUCCAAAAAUGA